AUGAACAAAUGGUUCAUCUUCGACCACGCCUUCAGUAUGUCCAUGGACCAGUUCGCCACCUUCAAAGCGAUGUUCCCCAGCCCUGGUAACAAUCGUCCACUGCAGCCCUUGAGAAGUCACCAGGUGGUAAAGAACUCCUUUGAGGAUGGAGAGCCCAAUCAUUUCGAUUUCUACCUGGGUCGCCACGCAGCGCGAAAUCGCUUCUUCGCGGGCGAGUUCUACAUCGCGGUGCCAAUCAUUGCCACUCUUUUGCUGAUGUUCUCCAUCAUGAGCUUCAUCUUGGUUCGGGAUUGGGUUGCCACCAAGAGGAGUUUCAGCAGCAUGGCGGAGAUGAUCGGCCGGAGUUCUGGUGGCAGCAGAGUGUGA